CUAACAAACAAUACCCUUGUCAUGUUUACUAGAUCCACAAUAUUCACAUACCGGUAUAAUCUCCAUCCAUCACAAAAAGACGAUUGACUUUCUCCGCAACACGGUUCCGAUAUUAAAGUGAGCCGAUAUCUAUUUGCGGCGUUCGGAAAUAAAACUAUCGAACCAGCUUAUCUCCAGAUCAACCACCGACCGGGCUGCGACCCGCGCCGGGAGAUGACCCGAUCACGCCGAAACGCCACUCAAUCAAUACAAGUGGGCUGUUCUCCACGCGAAUGUCACGGUCUAAGACGAUGGAGCCUAAUUCCUAACCCGACGCCAAUCAUCUAUGUAGAUCACGAGAUUGCCGAAUUGCGGAUCGGUGGUCGUAUCGUGAGAACGAUAAGGUUCGUAGCGAGCAGGUGGUUCCCUCUCCCCGGCGUAACUGUUCCUCGGCUGCAGCGGCGAGGCAACAGACGUCUCGGCCCGCGCCAGUAGCGAGCACGCGACGCGACCGCACGAGCGCGAUACCGACUCACGAGUUCUAUUUUCAAAAUUAAAGUGCCAGUGAUUGAGGAUUAAUUUGAAAUUAGAAGAAGAAAAUAAAGUGUUUUGAAGUUUUUGCCGCUGUUUCCUACGAGUUUUUCGUAGUAGUUGCAUUGUUAAUCGGGGCAGAUAGGUUUAACGGUCGAGCCGGCGCUGGAGUGUGGCGGCCGCGACCAUGACGGCUGCGCGCGCGCUGCUGCUGCUGCUGAUCCAGGCUGCGAUCGCGCAAGAUUAUGACGUGACAGACAUCCAAUGCACGUUCGCGACGACGGGCAGCGGCAUCAGAGACUCGGUGACAGCUCUGCUGAGGAAACCCGAGGGGUUCCGGGGGUCGCCGCUGUUCGCCGACGACCGCGCCACCGACCCCGCCAGCGACCCCGCCUGCCAGAUACGACCCGAGCCAGAUGAUCCUACCGGGUUGCUGUAUAGGCUGAAGAUCACUGAUUUUAUGAAGUGCGGGGUUUUGAAGAGGAAUGGUUUCGUCCACGUGCGCGUGUGGUUCCCGCAGUUCCCGGGCGUGGUGAUGCAGUCGGACCAGGAGCUCAUCAUCAUGUGCAAGCCGCCCGAGCCCACCAUCAUCGAGAACAAGGCCGCCGGCUUCGCGGGCAGCUUUCCGCACGGCGCACGUGUCUCCGGCGUGGUGGAGGAGACUCCGGGCCGGCUGGAGUACGAGGUGGCUCUGUACAAGGAGGCGCCGCCCGUGUCCCGGCACUCCAACCACUCGUCGAUUGAUAUGCCGGUGGAUCAGGCGGUGCCAAUAGGCACAAAGCUGCAGCUGCGCGCGCGCAUCAACCCGGAGUCGGCGUGGCGCCACAUCAAGCUGCUGGAGGUGGCCGUGUCGCCCGACCCGGACCGCCCGCACGCCGCCGGCGCCGUGCUGCUCGUUAAAGACGGCUGCCGCAACCGCGACUUCGCGUCCAUCAUCCCGCACCAGCCGGCGCGGUACCGCGAGCGCCACAACGAGGUGUUCCUCGACUUCGAGGCCUUCCUGCUGGCCUCCAUGAAGGAGCGGUCCACGCUGUGGAUCCACUCGCAGAUCAAGGCGUGCAUGGACGCCGCCGACUGCCAGCCGGAUUAUUGUCCGGAUCUGUUUGAGCCUUCUGGCCACGGGCGCAAACGGCGCUCUCUACCCGACGCGUCACACACCCACAACAUCACCAGCGCCGCCCUGGUGGCGGACGACAACACCACGCAGUACACGCGGUUCAAGGAGAACCUGGAGUACACUGUGGUGAUGCCCGGCGAGCUGUUCCACAGGGGAACCCCGCUCGACGCGACUUGCGCGACCUCUAUGAUGAUAGCUGCGGCGCUUGGAGCGUUGUUGUUUAUGUCGGCUUUGCUGAUGUGCUACCUGGCGACGCGUCUGAACUCAACCCUGCUGAAGAACAACAGCCUCCACCAGCCGCCUUCAGGGAAGAGCUUCGAGCAAAUACUCCGAGAGCUAGCCCACCACUCCAUCCCCGACACCGGCUACACUGGUCGACCCACUGUGCAGUGAGCAUACGCGGCCUUAGAACAAAAGUGGCCUAACUCAAAAAUUUUAGAAAAUGGGUUUGAUUGGUAAAAUUAUUUUAAAUUUUCUGAAAAGUAAUUUUGUUAAUUUUUAGGUGACUUUAAUUCUGAAUGUAGCGUAAAUCUACCAUAAACGCAAUUAAUAACCGGACAGGGGAAACAAACGUAACCAAUAAAUAAUGUUAUGAAGGUCGGUGCUUCUUCUGCCGUCAUAAUAUUAUGCUGACAUUUCGUAUUAAAACAUAGGGGUUUGUAGGUUGUUCGUCCGUGGUCCGAACACUGACCAUCACUGAGAAAUUAUAUGAAAACGUCGAGUAUUCUCUAUUUUUGGCAUCAUUCAGAAUUUUUACUAAUAAGACACCUUGUCUUUAAUAUUUAUUAUUAUAUUUAAUUUAACAUUGGCAAGAAUGCUCACAAUAAAAAUGUAAAUGCUACUCUAAGCGCCGGUACGCAAUAAUAAUAACAGAUGGAACACUUAUACUCGCUCCCCUGGCUCAAUCUAGGACUUCUUCGCAUUUAUUAAACUUUUUAACAAUCAUAGUGCAAUAGACUUUUGACAGUAUUAAAUUAAUUAACACGGAAUUUAUAAAUGUUGUAAGUAGAGUUAAGUAGUAAGUAUUUUUUAGUUUUAAUUACGACUUACCAUCUAAGUAGUUAAAUUAUAAAGAUUUAAAAGAAAUGAUUAAUGAACUUAUGACUGAAAAAACUUCAAGCAUAGCUUUUAAACUUUUUCAGUCAUGACCAUCAAUAUUUAAAGACACAGUAUAA